AUGCUUCCUUUUCUCCCCAUCCCCGAACGCAUCCAUCUCCAUCUGCUUUCCGCAUCCCGUAUCUCCUCCAUUCAUUUCCGCCCACGGCCGAGCCGUCUUUCCAACUACACGAACCCUACUUCCGUCCGAGAUGACAAGACCCCGCAAAACGUCACUCCUUUCGGCAAUGGAAGUAUCCCCAACAUCUGCUCAUCCCCGAGCCGUAAGCGAGACUCUUACUUUGGCAGCCAGGAUCAAACCUUUGGCCACACGAUCAGGGGUAGCUUUUCGUCUCGACCCAAGUCCUUUCUAGACGAUGAGAAGGAUGUCCGAGGAUUUCCGAGUGCCAUCAACGGCUUCGACAUGGACGUGUCUCGUCGCCAGGAAGCCCGUCCUUCCACUUCCGAUUAUCCUAGACUUCGGGCUGUUGGUGAUGGUCCAUCUAGAGAUCCCAGCAUGCCUCCAUCUCGGGGCACCAACGAAUCACCAGGAUUCCAGGAGCGCUUCCCCUUCCAAGGCCAUACCCCCAGCAACUCCAUGUCCAUGGGACUAUCUAGGGCAUCCCUUGCCCAGCCACUCCCCUACACCGUUGGGGCCCCCACCCAUAGCCUCGAUGCCGCAAACGCCUACGACUUCAACCCUCGUCAGCAGGUGGAUGGCUCGGGCCUGCCAAGCAUGAAAGGACUGUCGUUGGACGAGCGCUCCAGCCCGAGUGCGAAUGGCAUCAGCAGCCUCCCCUUUGUACCUGGUCAGCAUGCUUUUGACCCCUCGUUGACGUCUCCGCCAUGGCCUGGCGAAAGCCAUGGGCAGCGCUACAUGGGUGCAAUCGCAACUCUAGACGGCUCAUCCAACUCAUCUGAAGCCCAAUACGUUCCUUCGAAGCGAGGGUCCAUCGCCGAGCAUGUCUCCCCAAGUUUUCUGGAGGCGCCAAGCAGUGACCGGAGAAGCACUCCCGGUGCUACUUUUGUUCCCCAACAGAAUCAGGCUGCCGCCGCCGCCGCAGCGGCAGCAGCGGCGCAACCCUUCUACUCGAGCGUGUCUGGGCUAUACUUUAACCCUUCGUUCCCGGCCAGCUUCCACCCCAACCUGUAUGAUCCGUACGCGCAAGCCAAUUACCGCGGUGCCAUGGUGCCCAACUACCCUCUAGCAAUCCAUCCAUAUAUCGCCGGUGGUGCAGGUAUCGCGCUUCGCGGCGUUCGAGACCAGGAUCCCAGCAAAGGAAUGAGGAGCGCACUACUCGAGGACUUCCGAGCCAACUCGAAGUCGUCCAAACGAUAUGAACUCAAGGAUAUUUACGGCCACAUUGUCGAAUUCAGCGGGGAUCAAUACGGGUCCCGGUUUAUCCAGACGAAAUUAGAGACGGCCAAUAGCGACGAAAAGGACCAGGUUUUCCGAGAGAUCGAGCCUAAUGCCAUCCAGCUGAUGAAAGAUGUGUUUGGAAACUAUGUCAUUCAAAAAUUCUUCGAGCACGGAAAUCAAGUGCAAAAGAAGGUGCUGGCGGCACAGAUGAAGGGCAAAGUCGUUGACCUCUCGGUGCAGAUGUAUGCCUGUCGAGUGGUCCAAAAGGCGCUUGAGCAUGUCCUCGUCGAACAGCAAGCCGAGCUCGUGAACGAACUUGAGCCCGAGAUCAUCAGGGUUGUUCGGGACCAGAACGGAAACCAUGUGGUACAGAAGAUUAUCGAACUAGUGCCUAAACAGUACAUUGGCUUCAUCAUGGAGGCUUUCAGGAACCAGUGCAGCCUUCUUGGUUCGCACCCGUACGGCUGUCGCGUCAUCCAGAGGAUGCUGGAACAUGGCACCGAAGAAGAAAAGAGGGACAUCAUGGCAGAGCUUCAUGCGAGCGCGCCGGUUCUUAUUGUUGACCAAUACGGCAAUUAUGUCGCCCAGCAUGUCAUCGAACAUGGAAAAGCGGAGGAUCGCUCGCUGAUGAUUGGCGUUGUCCUCGACAACCUUGUGGCGCUCUCGAAGCACAAGUUUGCCUCUAAUGUUGUUGAGAAGUGCAUCGAAUUCGGAUCUAUUGAGGAGCUCCGCCUGAUUCGGGAACGCUUGAUUGCGGGAGCGACAGACGGCACGUCGUCCUUGCAGUUUAUGAUGAAGGAUCAAUACGGCAACUAUGUCAUUCGUACGUGUGCAUCGCAUUCCUCCCUCUUUGCCGAGGAUAAAAAGACGAUGGGGCAAGAGACUAACAAUUUUGGUAGAAAAAUGCUCAACAAGCUCAAGGGAGCAGACCGCGAGAUGUUUGUCGAAGAAAUGCGGCCUCACCUCCUCGCUCUUAAGAAGGGGAGCUCUUCUCGGCAACUGCAAGCCCUCGAGAAACUCAUGGGCCCGCCCCCGAAUGAUUCGAACUCGAAGGCUUCCUCCAACUCGGGAAGCCGUCCGGCCUCGGCCCAUCUUGCUCUCCCAUCUGCGCUCCAAGUGGACUCGGCGACCCCUACGCCAGUCUUGACCAUGGAGCCCAACAGCCCGCAGAGCAGCAACCCGCCGAGCACCAACGAGAGCGCCGCUGGCGACGGACCUGAGGAGCCAAAGAAGCCAAGCACAGCGGUGGAGGGCGAACAGACAUCUGGAACCGUGGUCGUACAAGACGCAUAG